UGGCUGCGGUUGUCCGCACCCCGAGGCCGCGGCCAUGGCCUACUCCACGGUGCAGAAGGUGGCCCUGGCCUCGGGGCUCGUCCUGGCGGUGUCCCUGCUGCUGCCUAAGGCCUUUCUGUCCCGCGGGAAGCGGCCGGAGCCGCCGCCGGCCUCCGAAAGAAAAUUGGGUCGAUUUCCACCUGUAAUGCAUCAUCACUCAGCACCUGUAGAUGGCCAGACCCCUGGGGCUCGUUUCCAAAGGUCUCACCUCGCAGAGGCAUUUACCAAGGCCAAAGGAUCAGGUGGAGGAAGUGGAGGAGGAGGUGGUGGAAGAGGCCUGAUGGGGCAGAUUAUUCCAAUCUAUGGCUUUGGGAUAUUUUUAUAUAUACUAUACAUUCUCUUUAAGCUCUCAAAGGGGAAAACUGCAGAGGAUCGGAAAUACUCCACUUCUACACCUGGAAACACACACAGGAAAAUUACCAACUUUGAGCUUGUCCAAUUGCAAGAAAAACUGAAGGAGACAGAGGAAGCCAUGGAAAAAUUAAUCAAUAGAGUGGGACCUAAUGGUGAGAGCAGAGCACAGACUGUGACUUCUGACCAAGAGAAACAAUUGCUGCAUCAGCUUCGAGAAAUUACUAGGGUCAUGAAAGAAGGGAAGUUCGUUGACGGAUCUACUCCUGAGAGGGAAGCAGAGGAAGCCCCAUAUAUGGAGGACUGGGAAGGUUAUCCUGAAGAGACUUAUCCAAUUUAUGACCUUUCAGACUGCAUCAAUCGUAGGCAAGAAACAAUCCUGGUGGAUUACCCUGAUCCAAAAGAGCCCACUGCUGAAGAAAUAGCUGAAAGAAUGGGAGUGAUGGAAGAGGAAGAAUCAGACCAUUUGAGCUGGGAACAUCUGCCCACUGACCCCAGAGUCCAGGAAGAUAAUUCUAUGGCCUUGCAUGACCUAGAGCCAGAAACAUGUUCCUGCUGUUUUCAGGAAGAAGAGGAUCCUGCUGUCUUGGCAGAAAAUGCUGGAUUCAGUACAGAUAGCUACAAUGAGAAAGAGGAAACUACCAAAGAAGACUGGCCUCAUGACUUUAGAGAUGAAGGGCUGGGCAUUCGUGCUGAACAAGCACACACAUGUGGCAUGUUGAGGAAGCGUAACCCACAAGGUUUAGAGUAAAAACAGCCAGUUUGGUGAAA